AUGCAUGAAAGUGAUAUCCGUCUGGUAUUUGGGGGUCUCCGACUCUUGCACUCUGCUUCUGCAUUAACUGCAGGGUAUUCUCGGGGUCAGUGCCCCCGCGGCUCAGUCCUUAACCAGCCGACAUUUGAUGUGUUCUGGACGGUUGGAACACGUCUUGUAGAACGCAUGACGGCACUUAUUACGAUACGUUUCCUGGAUGUGGUGCUGGACGAGGAGCGGCAGGAGAAGGAAAAAGUAAGUGUGGGCAGCAGCAUUCGCCGGCGGCUCAUCUGGGCCAGGAACAAUGCUCCAGCUCUCACCUUCACCUUCCUCUUCGUCGGGGUCAACGCCGGGGUCUUCCUGACGAGGGCCUAUCAGUACAGGAAUACAAACCUGCUGGAGAUGGGCGCCAGGGCUUGUGGUCAGUGUCUCAACCUGGACUGUGCGCUGCUGCUGCUGCUGAUUCUACGUCGGGGAGUGACCAGACUCAGAAACUCCUCGCUGGGCCGUCUUCUUCCUUGUGACCAGCACGUCCACUUCCACAAGAUGGCCGGCUGGACAGUCUUCUUCCUCUCAAUCCUCCACACCCUCUUCCACAUCGCCAACUUCGUGACACUGGGAGACGUGACAGGGAUCACCAUGAACGCCUACAUGUGGGACACCUCCCUGGGCAUCGGCUGGGUGGGCGGCCUGGCCAACCCGACGGGCGUGGUGCUCAUGAUCAUUCUCACCAUCAUCGUCGCCUUCAGCCACCGCAUCGUCAGAAAAUCUGGGUACUUUGAGGUAUUCUAUUGGACGCACCUGCUCUCGCUUCCCUUCUGGGUGUUCCUCAUUCUUCAUGGACCAAACUUCUGGAAGUGGCUACUACUGCCAGGCACUGCCUUCCUGCUGGAAACCUGCCUUAGAGUGUUACAGGUGUGCACCGCUAAAGGCCAGACCCGCACUAUCUCGGGAACCAAGCUUCCCUCACAGGUUAUGAAGGUACUCAUUAGACGACCCAAGGACUUCGACUUCCAACCAGGAGAGUAUGUGUUCCUCAACAUCCCCAGCAUCGCCCGCUAUGAGUGGCAUCCCUUUACCAUAUCCUCUGCCCCCGAGCAAGAAGAUGUCUUCACUGUUCACAUUCGUUCUGUUGGAGAAUGGACCAAGAGAGUUUAUGAAAUGUUCAUCAAUGACAAGACAGAAACAGAUGGAAAAGAUACAUCAGAGAACCACAAGAAUGAAAUCUCGGGCAUAUUGAACCCUGCCUUUACCUCUGAUAGAGAAACGGAAACAACGGGUGAUACUGCCAUUGAGGUGGAGGGCGAGAGCGAUGGCAUCGCUGGGAAGGGUCAUCGUUACGUUAACAACCUUCAGGAAUUUAACCGCAAAAUGAGUGUGUACUCUCGACCAGCAGCACUCUUGAAUGUAGAAGCUGAGCAAAAGCCACCUAUCAUCCCGGUUAUUUUAAAAUCCCCAGUGUCACAGAAGCCCAUAGAACGUAAGAAGUCCUCGAGCUUAUCUGACUUGGCAGCCCUGAAAGCAGAAUUAAUGGGGCUCCAGGCAGUAACGACAGACUCUGGCCACUCGUCCCUAAAUGGCAGCAAUUCUAGUCUAGACUCCCUCAGUGAUCAGCAGUGCUCUGUCACCUUACAGCACCAACAAUGUAAUCAAUACCAAAGAAAGAAUGAAGAGAACAGAUUAAGGCAGCCCUUAGCAACACACAAGCUUCAUGUCCAGUCUGUACACAAAAAAAUCGAAGUACAUGUAGAUGGCCCAUAUGGCACACCUUCCACAAGAAUAUUCUCAGUAACCCAUGCGGUCUUGGUGGGUGCUGGGAUUGGAGUAACACCCUUUGCUUCCAUCCUUCAAAGUGUUAUGAUGAGAUAUCGGGCAGCCAAGGCUCCCUGCCCAUAUUGUCAAGUCCCGAGCUGCCUCGCACUCCCCUCCACUCUAAGGAAACUCAGGAAAGUGGAUUUUGUGUGGGUGAACCGUGACAUUGGGAGUUUCGAGUGGUUCCUGGAAGUCCUAGCAGAUCUUGAAAGUGAGCAACGCGUUAUUGGGGCAGCCAUGGAAACCUUUCUCAGUCUCCACCUUUAUAAGACAGGUGUAGCGCCUCUCAGUCCCACACUGCCAUUAGCAUCUUCCAUCAGGGCUGGAAGACCAGAUUGGGAUAAGGUAUUUGGUGGGAUUCGAGAAUCACGGGUGGGAAAGGUUUGUGUAUUCUACUGUGGUCCACCCUCCCUAGUGGGACUUCUUAGAGAAAAGUGCAUUAAGUACAAGUUUGAAUUUAAGCGCGAGAUGUUUUGAAACUAACGUAUGCUCUUUUAGGAUGCAGUGCAGUAAAUAAGAUUGAAGCUGUAUGACAGUUGCUUUCCUAGUGAUAACCCUCGCAGCAAGACAGUGAUGACCGGACGCUCAGGUGACUCUACUGUGGUAUGAGGAAACUAGUGUUAUUAAUCAUUUACCGUGUGGUACGCUAGUUGCAAGAUAAUACUAUAGUGCAAGGGCAUAUUUCUAUGUGCUAUAUAAGAGACCCACUUGACAAGUGACAAAUGAAGUCCCCCCCCCAAUAGAAUGGGUUCAAAUCAAUGAUUACAGUAGAACUGUAGUGAAUCCUCUCCGGUACCUUUAUUUGAUCUCCUGAUAUGUGUGAAAAACUGAAAACCAGUGUUUUUAUAUUAAUUUUUUUUAAAUUUUUAAAGUUGUUUUAUGUAUUUUAUCCAUUGAAGGAUAGCUACAAGCUGUGAUGUUUAUUGCUGUGUAAAACGCUCAUCGUUUACUGACACUAAUUACAUGGACUGCAGUGAACUAAGUCAUCUCUAGUUAUAUUAUUACUCUAAUUACAUAAUUAUCUGUAAUUUAAUUAAGCUCUUGAUAGUUACUGCACAUUCCAAGAAGUGUGUUCUGGUCAUAUCAAGCCAACAGUAUGUCCCUAUGUCAUUUGUAUCUGUCCCUUGCUUUUAGUAUCUUAGUAAUUUAAUGGAUAUAUGUGUGAUGGUGACUUAGGGAUUUUAUUGUUUAUAAAUUUGUAGUGGCAAAGGAGCUAAUCUAGGGAUACUAUACAGUGGAACCUCGGUUUUCGAAAAUUCUCUAAAUAAAGUGUAAUGUUUGUUUAUAUUUUUGGGUCUCUGGAACAGAUUAAUUGGUUCCUUUCCAGACAUCCAAAAAUAUUAACAACAAAUACAUUUUAUGAAGAAUUUUCCCCAACUAGGGCAUACGAAAACUGAGGUUGUACGUAUUAAGUACAGUAUCCUCUUUGUCAAACACAUUUUAUGGGAGAUGUGCUUUUAAUUAUAAACAUUUGCCUGAUGUGUUGAGCUCCAGUAGCUCAUCAGAUAAAAUCAUUUUAAGAA